CGACGACAACCACCUGAGCGGGACGACAGCAAUUCGCAGAACUCGAGCGUUUAUAGAAAACUGCGACUCGCAAGCAACGCAUUUCGUUGGGAGCAUGAACAGCUGAUACCAUCAUGUUCGUCCAGGAUCUGAAGACAGAGUUCUACGAUGUCCUAGUGAAUCAGCGAGUCUUAGUUUUGUGUGGUGCAGAUGUCGACGCUUUGGUUUCAUGUAAAAUCCUGCAAUAUCUUUUCCAAUGCGAUAAUAUCCUCUACACUUUGGUUCCUGUCACUCGGAAGCAGGACAUAACCGAAGCUCUCGAGAAGCACGGUGAGACCGGACGCUAUGUCGUUCUGCUCAACUGCGGAGGGACAUUCGACAUACUCGAGGACUGCAAACCCGAGAACGAAAACUUGGUGUUCUUCAUUGCCGAUGCGCAUCGACCUUUCAACGUGUACAAUGUCUAUAACAACUCCCAAGUGAGAAUUCUGAGCCCGACUGAGAACGAGAACAUCCCGGGAUUUGAGGAUGUUUUCCGCGACGACAUGGACUCCGACGCAGAAGAAGAGGAGGAAGAAGGAAGGGACCUCGAUGAAAUUCUCGAACGAAAACGACAGAAACGCGCUUGGAUCGAAAACAGGAACCGACUGCUCUUCGAUUAUACGCAGUUCAACUACUUCGGCAAGGCGACCUCCUUGACAAUGUUCGAGCUCUGCUGGAAAAUGUCCCGCGACUCGACAGUAAUCCUCUGGUAUGCGAUCAUUGGUCUCAGUGAUCAGCUCGUACAUCGGCGCAUCGAGUCGGAUAAAUACGUGACCGAAUGCGGUCUCCUCCAGGGACACAUGACGCGACAUGAUCAACUAUACGACCAGAACUCCUCAGAGUCGAAUGUGAACUCACUCAAGUUAUCUUUCGACAAGGAAUUGAAUCUCAUCUUCCUCAAACACUGGACUCUCCUAGAGAGCAUGCGACACACUCAACACUUCGCCUGUCGUUUCAAGAUGUGGACCGUCAGAGGGCAGAAGAAAAUUUAUGAGUUCCUCGCGGAGCUCGGCGUUCCAUUGAGUCAGUGCAAGCAAAUAUUCGCAUCGAUGGACAUCACUUUCAGGAGUUCAAUCAAAGAAUGGAUUUUCAAAUUGGCCGAUAAGUACUCAUUGGACGAAAUCGGAGCGUUUUGUUUCUCGGCGAAUUUGGGCUACAAACACAAAUUCAAUGCAUUGGACGUUGCCACAGCCGUGAACACCAUCUUGGAUCAAGGUGACUUCUUCAAGGCUCUGGAUGCACUUUCGUGGUCGCGAAUCGAGAUCCUCGAAAAGGGUAUCGAGGCAUCGAAGACGAAAUUGAUCUCAAUUUUCCAACAAGUCCAAACCUUCCUCGAAACGCGGCAGAUCGCUUCAACGGGUCGUUAUCUUUACGCAGUUCUCCAAGAGAGCACUCCGAACUCGAAACUCUUCGGAAAACCUGGGGCUCUCGAAGACCUUGCUCAUUUCCUCCAAGCUGCGUACGUUGCUCGCAAGUCGAGAGAUUCCCCGCUCUUCCCGAUGGUCGUCGCGGCACCGUCGGUCACCUUCCCGGGCUACAGUCUCGUGAUCGGCAUACCACCUCAAGCCGAGACAUCGUCGCGCAAUCUCUUCGCUCAAGUCUUCAAUCAGGCCGCGGUACACUGUAGCAGUGCCAUCCAGAAAGACGCGUACCUACAAGAAAAUUUGAUAUUGGUCCAAUCUGAACAUUCGAGACAGUUCUUCGAAGCUAUUUACGAUCUGCUAUGCUCGGUAGAUGGUCGUGAUUGAAGGAAACGAGAUGAUAGAAACAAAUUAAAUCAGAGCUCAUUAGUAGGUCUCCUGGCCGGCAUAUUUGUCCCAAACCGCGGAGUCUCGGUCCUUUUUAUCGCAGACUGGUACGUCAUCGAAUCUUCGUGCAUCAACAU